UCAGGCUCGGGGAUACCUGAGGUUAGGACCAUGCUGGCUGGCUUCAAAAUGCCUCACUACUUGUCUCUCACUAACAUGUCUACCAAGUUCCUGGGCCUUAUCUGCACGCUGGCAGCUGGCAGCACUGUUUUCCUGGGCAAAGUGGGUCCAUUUGUGCAUCUCUCCGCUAUGAUUGGAGCCUACCUGAGCAAUCUCUGCAAUCUCAUACAAGCCAAUAACAAGGAAAAAGCUGGUGGAGAAAUGCUGGUUGUAGCUGCUGCAGUGGGUGUAGCCAGCUGCUUUGGAGCCCCCAUUACCGGUGUGUUAUUCAGCGUGGAGGUGAUGUGUUCUCACUUCGCCCUGAGGCAUUACUACCCGUGCUUCUUCUCCGCCGCCUGUGGGGCGCUGACCUUCCGCCUAUUCUCCGUGUGGAGUGGAGAUGAAGAGAGUCCUCAGGCAUUGUUUAAAACAAAUUUCCCCGCUGCUAUUCCCUUCUACUCGCUGGAGAUUCUACUAUUUGCCUUUCUUGGGCUGCUGUGUGGAGCUGUGAGCUGCUGCUACCUCGCCUGCCAUCGUUGGAUGCUGCAAUUCACUAAAACAAACCCAAUGUUCAACAAGAUGCUAACCACAGAGAAGGGUCUAUACUCAGGCAUAGUGGCUUUCCUCCUGGCAUCUCUGACAUUCCCCCACUCUGUUGGUCAAUAUAUGGCUUCUAAGCACACCAUGAAGCAGCUCCUGACCUCCUUACUGGACAGCAGGCAGUGGAGCUCUCAAUCCCACAAUGCAUCUCUUCACCUGGGGCCCGAGGCUUUGUUGGAGUGGAGCUCGUCAGGGAGUCCUGUCUUCCUACCUCUGGCUGUCUUUCUGCUAAUGAAGAUGUGGAUGUUGGUCUUUGCCUGCACUCUGCCUCUGCCAGCUGGAUACUUCAUGCCAGUGUUUGUCUACGGGGCGGCUUUGGGUCGUUUUCUUGGAGAAGGAGUAGCUUAUGUGUCUUCCACUGGACUGACUUCAGGCCUGCAGUGGGCUUCUAUAAAUCCUGGCGGUUACGCACUUGCUG